AUGGUUGGGAUUUCCAAAUUCCGUCCUGGGUUUCGUCGGACGACCACCGACGGCCCUUCAACCGCGGCCGUGCCCAUGACCGAUGCUGCUGCUGUCGAUGGGAAGACUCCGGGAAUCAGUGCUCAGGAUGCCAUAAAGCCCGAUGUUUCUGGCCCGCGCGAGGUUGGAUCGGUUCUGUCCGACAAUGGACCUGACAAACCGCUCGAGCAACCAGCGGACGAUGCUCAGAGAGGUGUGCAAAUGGCCGAGGCCGUGACCUUGACGUGGUCGAAGCGGUCUUUGAUCAGUGUAUUCAUUCUGAUGUUUCUCUUGUACUUUGUCAACGCUUUCCAAUCAUCGAUCCUCAACAAUCUCAGUCCAUAUGUCACGAGCGAUUUCGAAGAACAUUCGCUCCUGACCGUCAUCUAUAUCGUGUCCAAUUGCAUGAGUGCGGCGACGUACAUUCCUGUCGCGAAGCUGCUGGAUAUCUGGGGCCGAGCCGAGGGGUUCUUGGUCAUGGUGGUGUUCGCCGACUUGGGAUUGAUCCUGAUGGCUUCGUGCAAUUCGUUGUCCACCUUUUGCGCCGCACAGGUCUUCUACUCUGUCGGCUUCGGAGGCAUGAUCUACAGCAUCGACGUCAUCACCGCCGACGCGUCCAAGUUGAAGAAUCGAGGGCUGGCGUACGCCUUCACCUCUUCGCCAUACAUGAUCACGGCAUUCGCGGGCUCCAAGGCAUCCGAGGGCUUCUAUCAAGACAUCAGCUGGCGAUGGGGGUUUGGCUGUUUUGCCAUCAUCCUGCCCGUGGUGGCGGCACCAUUGUUCUUUGUGCUCAAAACAAACCUGCGCAAAGCCAAGCGGCAGGGCGUGCUUGGACGGGAGAAAAGCGGCCGGACGCUAUGGCAGAGCAUCUGCCAUUACGUGGUUGAAUUCGACGCAUUGGGCGUCUUCCUGUUCGCGGCUGGAUUGACCGUCUUCCUUCUGCCAUUCUCUCUGGCCGACUCGGCGCCCAACGGCUGGGGGACCGGGUAUAUCAUCGCCAUGAUCGUGGUCGGGGUGGUAGUGCUGGCGCUAUUCGGCCUGCAUGAGGCGUUCCUGGCGAAGGUGCCGUUCAUCGCGGCACGAUUGCUGACAGACCGGACGGUGAUCGGGGCAUGUCUGCUGGACGUGACGUACCAGAUCUCGUACUACUGCUGGGCCAGCUACUUCACGUCUUUCCUGCAGGUGGUCAACGACCUUUCUAUUUCUGAGGCCGGGUACGUCAGCAGCACGUUCGACGUCGUGUCGGGAGUUUUGCUUCUGCUCGUCGGAUUCCUGAUCCGCAAGACGGGUUACUUCAAGUGGCUGCUGUACAUUGCCGUGCCGCUGUACGUGCUCGCCCAGGGCCUGAUGAUCUACUUCCGCCAGCCGCACAAGUAUAUCGGAUAUAUCGUCAUGUGCCAGAUUUUCAUCUCGAUGGGCGGCAGCGUGUUUAUCAUCAUCGAGCAACUCGCCGUCCUGGCCGCCGUGCCCCACCAGUAUGUGGCCGCUGUGCUUGCUGUGCUUAAUGUCGUCGGCAACAUCGGCGGCGCCAUCGGGAAUACCGUGUCCGCCGCCAUCUGGACAAACACUUUCCCGCAGGCCCUCGCGCGAUACUUGCCUGAAGAUGCCCUGCCGGACCUUGAUACCAUCUACAACGAUUUGACUGUCCAGCUCAGUUACGAAUAUGGCAGUCCCACCAGGCUGGCUAUCCAGAAGGCUUAUGGCUAUGCCCAGGAGAGGAUGUUGGCUGCCGGCACGGGCAUCAUGGCCCUCUCGUUUAUUUGGAUCCUGUUCAUUAGGAAUAUCAAUGUCGCUAAGAUCCAACAGACGAAGGGGAUGCUUUUCUAA